AUAAAAAUCCAAUCAUUUCAACGACAACCUAGAAAUAUUCUCUUCAUUCGGAUGUUUAACUUACCCGCCACUUUGAUACCUAAAGUACCUGCACCAAUGACGGCAGUUCUUACCAUAAUUUACAAGCUAAUAAACUAUUAUGAAUACAUUUCCUUUCAUGAAAUUGUUAAGCAACCCACCGUCGUCACUAUGACGAUUAAUGCAUAACGUACAUAAAAAGUGAACUGAAGGAUGGGGAAUCGAAAAGCAAGAAUCUCAUUAUGUUUGUGCAUGAGUUGUGUAUAUAGAAUUGGAAACGAUAGAAGUGGGCAGCAGGCUACAUAAACAGAAAAAAAGGAUAUAACGAACAUGAGCGGAUCAAAAACUAACGAUUCAUAACGUCAACAAUAGUAGGUUUUGUAAAAAAAAAUUGUUAUAUCAGUAUUCAUAUUGAUAUAUGGAUAUCAUAUCCUAAGAUUCAUCAACAUAAUAUACAGUGAUAUUUGUUCCAAACCAUGAAAAUAUUCGACCAAACAUGGCCGUUUCGAUUUCAACCAAUCUACAACCUUCACAAUACAUCGAUAUAUCGGCAAAAAAAAGUAGGAAUAGUUUUUCAUCAUUUACGUCCAUUGAAAAACAUACAACGAUAUUGGAUGUACCCAUUAUUAACAAUAGAACUAAAAAACAAGAUCAUCAUCAUGAUAAUCGUAGGCAUCAUCGAAAGAAUCGCAGGCGGAAACGAAAACAUUUUCUUACACGAACUAAAGCCAUUGAACAGGCAUAUGUUCACGAUGUUUAUUCAAUUAUUGCCAAAUGUCCGCAAUUACAAUGCGUAUCACCAGCUGUUACUUCAGUGAAACAAUUUCUAUCGGAUUUUGAAUCUGAUAGUCUCAUAUUGGAUGUGGGAUGUGCCGAUGGUCAAUAUUUGAAUCUGCAUUCGAAUAUGUUGCUAGUUGGUAUGGAACAAUGUGAACAAUGGUUUCAACAUGAAAACUACAGUCAUAUGAACGAUAGUGUUAAAGACAAUUAUCUAUUGCUUGGUGAUGUUCUAUAUCUACCAUUUCGUGAUGAUCUAUUCGAUGGUAUUCUUUGCUGUGGUGUCCUACAUCAUUUAUCAACCUUUGAACGUCGUAUAAAAGCCUUACUGGAAUUAGCCAGAAUUAUGCGUAUCGGUGGGCGUGUAUUGAUAACUGUGACCGGCCAUCGUCAUGCAACAACCAUUGGUAAUCAUUUACAGUCACAGGAUGUACUGAUUAAAGUAGUCAAUACUAAUAAUAAUAAACCAAUAGCUGAUAUUGAUGGACAUUUGAAACGAUAUUCAUUAACAGCAUCAGAAUCUAGCGCUUCGGGAUUUGCCGAUGAUGAUCAUUAUGGUACGAUAAAGAGUGGUCAUAGUUCAUCAAAUAAUUCCGAAUUAGAAAAUUGUUAUUCAUUCUUCAAAAAGGCAAUCAAACGAUUCAGUUUAGCAUCGAGCAGUAUUUAUCCAUUUAGAAAUUCAAUAGACGAUCCGCCGUCUUCGACAAUCCAUAAUCGAUUUAUAUUCAACCUCGGUAAUGAUGAUGAUUAUCCCAUCGAAUUGACAAAUUUAAAUGACGACGAUGAUGAUGUUGACGAAGACGAAGACGGUGAUGAAAUAAGCCUCGAUAGUUCGACAACAACAACAUCAGAUGUAGAUUCAGCAUUAAGUUCAUCAUUCAAUCGUAGUUCCGGUUGUUUAAGUCAGACAAGUCAAUCGACAAUGAAUAAUGUCAUGUUUUCAUCAUCAUCCAUACUGAUGACUAUUAAAGAACAUCUUUUAUUAUGGAAAGCACAAGUGGCCACAAGUAUUGAGCAAUCAUGGCAAUCAUUUGAUGUAAAUGAUAUGAAUCUAGACGAUUCCCAUAAAAAUAAUCUGUUGAAACUGCAACAACAACAACAACAACCUCAAAUGUAUCAUCGAUUUAGCUUGCCAUUAGCCGGAUUAUGGCGUCCGGCUAACAAACUGCACAAAACACCGGAUAACAAUGUAUCACCAAUAUCGGCAUUGGCCAAAUCAAAAUUAGCCAAGAAUAAAAUCUAUGCUUCGAAUGGUUUGGAAAGAACAAAAAUGAUGCUCUUGCCAUUAGACGAUAAUACUGGAAAUGAUGUUGAUCAUAAGGAUAUCAAUUUGAAUCAAAUGAUAGUGAAUCAGAACAUGAAGUUGAUCAAAAAUCAAACGACAACAAGACCUAAUGGUAACGAAAUUCGCUCCACCAAAAAAUUUUUGAAUCGAAAAUCUAACAAAAAAUCUAAUCGAAUAUUGUUACAAAAAUCGCUAUCAACCGAAUCAUCGACAACCAGUAUACAUUGCUGCCGUUUUAAAUUGUUAGCUUAUUAUUCAAUGCCUGAAUUAAAUACACUGUUUGAUGAUGAACAUACUAAUUCCGACCAACAUGUCAGCAGAAAAGAUUAUGAUUCAAAACAUAAGAAAACAAUGAAAUCAGUUCAUAUCAAAACUUCCAACAACAAUGAUACAACAAUCAAACAUGGUUUAUUGGAUAAACCUGAACCCUUACAAACAAAAAUAAGACAAAUAGUUUCAUCUUCUCAUGAAAAUCAUCCGAUUAAAUCUGUUGUAGCAAAACCUAAAGCAAUAGAUGUGGCAAAAUUUGCAAAAAAAUUACUUCGACAGCGUAGUUUCAGUGCCGAUUAUCAACCGGAAGAGGUCAAACUGCAACCAGAUCCACCUAGACGAUUUUCGGCCAGUCCAAAUAUAGAAACUCAUCGAUAUAACAAUGUUGAUCAUAUUCCACAUCAUCAACAGAUUAGUAUGGAUAGUGAAGAAUCAUUUGUAACAAUUAUUCCGGCCAAUCGUAGUACGCGUGAAAGUAUCAACAUUAGCGAUAAUAUGACCGAUUUUGAUAUAGACGAAGAGGAUGAAUGUACAAGUGAUCUUAUAAUGUCACCAAACGAGAUUUAUUCCUGUUCAUCCGAAGAAGAAGAUGCCUAUUGUGAAAGUCUGGAUAAUGAUACAUCUAAUGAUACAAGUAUAUCAUCGGUUCUAGAAGCUACGAUUAAAUCAGUUUCACAUUCGGGAUCAAUCGAUAGCCAAAACGAUGCAAUAACAACCAUAUCAUCAAUGGAAGAAAUUGCUAGUCGAGUUGCAGAUAAUUCAUCGGCUGCAAUUACAGAGGACAUGGCCGCUUCACUACCUACUGCCAUGGACACUUUCAUAACACCACAGCUGCAGCCAGUGCCCACAACCUUACAUCAAUAUUAUCAUAUAUUUCGUUACGGUGAAUUGGAACAGAUAAUUGAAGAACAUGUACAGAAUCUACAUGUAAUCGAUUCGUACUAUAAUGAAAUUGCAAUGUGCUGGUGUGUGGUUGCCGAAAAAAUUAAUGUUUGGACCAUUUAAACAUCAAAUCGAUUGAACAUCAUCAUCAUCCUUUUGAU